CCCCGGCUUGCCCUGCCCAUGUUUUGUAUGUCUCUGUCCAUCCAGGCUCCUGACGUUCAAGUUCGCAGGGACGUCACGUCCGCACUUGAACUUGCAGCUCAGGGGGGCUUUUGCCAUUUUUUUCAUCUCUCUCUCUCUCUCCUUCUCUCUCUCCCUCUCUCUCCCUCUCUCUCUCUCUUUUUUUUUUCCUUGCACAAAAAAAAAAAAAAAAAAGCCAUGACUGCUAUCCCACAAUUCAUCUUCCCUGCGCCAUCUUUGUAUUAUUUCUAAUUUAUUUUGGAUGUCAAAAGACAUUGAUGAAGAUAUUUUCUCUGGAGUCUCCUUCCUCUCUAACCCGUCUCUCCCGAUGUGAACCGAGCGACUCACAAGCCACCGAAGCCACCAACCCACCAUGUCGCGCCGCAAGCAAGGCAAACCCCAGCACUUAAGCAAACGGGAAUUUUCACCCGAACCUCUUGAAGCCAUUCUCACUGAUGACGAACCUGAACAUGGCACAUUGGGAGCUCCGGAAGGGGACCACGACCUCCUCACUUGUGGCCAGUGUCAGAUGAACUUCCCGUUGGGGGACAUUCUUAUUUUUAUUGAGCACAAACGGAAACAAUGCAAUGGCAGUCUCUGCUUAGAGAAGGCUGUGGAUAAGCCACCUUCACCCUCACCAAGUGAGCUGAAAAAAGCUUCCAAUCCUGUGGAGGUUGGCAUCCAGGUUACGCCAGAGGAUGACGAUUGUUUAUCAACGUCAUCUAGAGGAAUUUGCCCUAAACAGGAACAUAUAGCAGGUAAAGAUGAGCCCAGCAGCUACACGUGUACGACUUGUAAACAGCCUUUCAACAGCGCCUGGUUCCUCUUGCAGCAUGCACAGAACACGCACGGCUUACGGAUCUACCUAGAAAGCGAGCACGGCAGCCCCCUGACGCCACGGGUUGGUAUCCCAACAGGACUAGGUGCAGAGUGCCCUUCCCAGCCACCUCUCCACGGGAUUCACAUUGCAGACAAUAACCCUUUUAACCUGCUCAGAAUACCCGGCUCGGUCUCGAGAGAGGCAUCAGGGCUGGGAGAAGGGCGCUUCCCACCCACGCCACCCCUCUUUAGCCCUCCCCCGAGGCACCAUUUGGAUCCGCAUCGCAUUGAGCGCCUGGGUGCGGAAGAAAUGGCUCUGGCCACCCAUCACCCUAGUGCCUUUGACAGGGUGCUGCGACUGAACCCCAUGGCGAUGGAGCCCCCUGCUAUGGAUUUCUCCCGGAGGCUGCGGGAGCUGGCUGGCAACACCUCCAGCCCACCCUUGUCCCCGAGCCGGCCCAGCCCUAUGCAAAGGUUGCUGCAGCCCUUCCAGCCUGGCAGCAAACCCCCGUUUCUGGCUACGCCACCCCUUCCUCCUCUGCAGUCUGCUCCUCCUCCCUCCCAGCCGCCCAUGAAGUCCAAGUCCUGCGAGUUCUGUGGGAAGACCUUCAAGUUCCAGAGCAACCUGGUGGUCCACCGCCGGAGCCAUACCGGGGAGAAGCCCUACAAGUGCAACCUUUGUGACCACGCCUGCACGCAGGCCAGCAAGCUGAAGCGCCACAUGAAGACCCACAUGCACAAGUCCUCCCCUAUGACGGUGAAGUCAGAUGAUGGGCUCUCCACCGCCAGCUCUCCUGAGCCGGGCACCAGUGACCUGGUGGGCAGCGCCAGCAGCGCCCUCAAGUCCGUGGUGGCCAAGUUCAAGAGCGAGAAUGACCCCAACAUGAUCCCUGAAAAUGGGGAUGAGGAAGAGGAGGAAGAGGAAGAGGAGGAGGAAGAGGAGGAGGAGGAAGAGGAGGAGGACUUGAAUGAGAGUGACAGGCCGGACUACGGUUUUGGGAUGAGCCUAGAGGCGGCCCGCCACCAUGAGAACAACUCGCGGGCUGGUGAAGAGGGCCGGUCGAUGCCAGACGUCAUGCAGGGCAUGGUCCUGAGCUCCAUGCAGCACUUCAGCGAGGCCUUCCACCAGGUCCUGGGGGAGAAACACAAGCGGGGACACCUCCCCGAGCCCGAGGUGCACAGGGACACUUGUGACGAAGACUCGGUGGCCGGCGAGUCUGACCGCAUCGACGAGGGGGCGGUCAACGGCCGGGGCUGCUCCCCAGGGGAGUCUGCCUCGGGAGGCUUGUCCAAAAAGCUGCUGCUGGGUAGCCCCAGCUCCUUGAGCCCCUUCUCCAAACGCAUCAAGCUGGAGAAGGAGUUCGACCUGCCGGCCACCGCCAUGCCCAACACCGAGAACGUUUACUCCCAGUGGCUGGCGGGCUAUGCCGCCUCCCGGCAGCUGAAAGACCCCUUCCUCAGCUUCGGCGACUCCCGACAAUCGCCCUUCGCCUCCUCCUCCGAGCACUCCUCGGAGAACGGCAGCCUGCGCUUCUCCACGCCGCCGGGCGAGCUGGACGGAGGGAUCUCAGGCCGCAGCGGCACGGGAAGCGGAGGGAGCACCCCCCAUAUUAGUGGCCCGGGCCCUGGCAGGCCCAGCUCAAAAGAGGGCAGACGCAGCGACACUUGUGAGUACUGUGGGAAGGUCUUCAAGAACUGUAGUAAUCUCACCGUCCACAGACGGAGCCACACGGGCGAGAGGCCGUAUAAGUGUGAGCUUUGCAACUACGCCUGCGCCCAGAGUAGCAAGCUCACCCGGCACAUGAAAACACACGGGCAGGUGGGAAAGGACGUUUACAAAUGCGAGAUUUGUAAGAUGCCUUUUAGCGUGUACAGUACCCUGGAGAAACACAUGAAAAAAUGGCACAGUGAUCGAGUCUUGAAUAACGAGAUAAAAACUGAAUAGAGGUAUAUUCGUACCCCCCCAUCCACCCCAUCCCCACCCUGUCCCUGCAUCCCGGUAGAAGUUUUCUAGUCCCUUGUGAUGGAAAUCAUGGAAGCUAAGGAUAUUUGGAAAGUGCUUGUCACCAGCACACCCUGUUUAUUUUCUUUUUGUUCUCACCGUUUGAAUGCAUGAUCUGUAUCGGGGCAAUACUAUUGCAUUUUACGCAAACUUUUGAGCCUUUCUCUUGUGCAAUAAUUUACAUGUUGUGUAUGUUGGGGGUUUCUUAUUUUUGGGAUUUUUUUUGUUUUUGUUGGGAUUUUUUGUUUAGUUUUUUUUUUUUUUUUAAAUUUGUUUUUUUAAUUAGACAGCAUGUAUGGUAUGUUAUGGCUGUUUUAAAAUUGUCCCUGGUUAGUUGCUGAGCAAACACGUCGCUGUUUCCAGUUCCGUUCGGAAAAAAAAAUAAAAAAAAAUAAAAAAAAAAGGAAAAAAAGAGGAGAGGAAAAAAAAAGAAAAAGAGAAAUGCAGAACAAAACCAAACCCAAGAGCAAACAGAAACCGACCAUGCUGCAUACAUCCUGUAAUACAUAUCAUGUACAGUUUUGUUUUGUGACGUGUGAAGGUAAACACGCUUUGGGUAACCCUCUAGCUAGAUUGCUGUCUUAAAAGAAUAAACCCACCGAUUGGAGAAAGAGUACCCAUUAGGAAAAAAAGGGCCUUUAAUUUGAAAGUACCAACUGUCACCAGUCAGAAAGAGGUAAAUUUCUAUUAGCAUUUGGUUUAAAACACACACAAAAAUAAUCUGAGUGCCUUGGAUCUGUCGCAGCUGAUGCCGAUGGCUCCUUUCUGCUCGUCCUCCACGCGUAGCUCAUAUCUACAUCGGUCGCAGUGGCGAGCCUCUCCUACUGAGCGUACGUGUCCAUCUCGUGUCUCUUUACAACUCCAGCUACCUAAGAAUGAAGAGGAAAGAGAAAACUAAGGAAGAGAAAGAAAUGAACUGCUCAGUCCUAGUUAAUCAUCAUUCUCCCCUACCUUUUAUUAUUUUUUUUUAAAAACGAACUGAUCAUACCAGUCUAAAAACCCGCUUUGCUCCUGGAGAGAGCUUAAAACGAAAUAUAGGACUUUUACUCGCCACAAACUUCCCCCCCCAUCGAUGAUUAAAUAGAAUGUAAAAUGCGCAGAGGCCCUUCAGCGCCAUUAAAUACACAAGUAAGGAAAUCCAUUUUAUGAAGAUAUUUACUUUUAAUAAUAUCUUUUAUUGAUUCUUGCACCAAACCAAAUAAAUCCAGAGCCACUUGGUUGUCAAGCUGACAAUCAAAUUAUAAACUUUAAGACCUCGUGUAUACCAUAUAAAAAAUAAAAUAAAAAAAGACUGGCAAUAAUAUUUUACUGAGUGUAACAGAUAGAGGAGCAAAAAAAUAAAUUGUGAUUUAUUAGCACAAUGUGGUACUGUUUGCCAUUUAAAACUAGAACAGGUGUAUAAGCUAAUAUCGAUACAGUGAUGAUUAACUAUGAACUAUUAAGACUUGCCUUUAAUGUGAUGCUCAGAAGAAGAAAUGGAGAAUUUUAAAAAGGGGGAAAAAAGCAAAAGAGUAGCAGUAUCUGUCUGUGCUCCCUAAAAGUCGUCCUUCAUUUUCUACCCCCCCUCACUCCCCCCCAUACUCUGUGUGCUAUUUGUUUUGAUGUGGAAGAAGAUUCCUUGUUUUAUUCUUAAGCUAGUGCCCGCCCCGGUUGGUGUUCAAAUAGCACUUGACUCUGCCUAUGAUGUCUGUAUCUUUUCUUUAAUCGAAGGUACAGAGGUUGAGUAUAAAAUAAGACUGCUCAGAUAGGACAAUUAAGUGCACUGUACAAUUUUCCCAGUUUACAGGUCUAUACUUUAAGGGAAAAGUUGCAAGAAUGAUGAAAAAAAGAAACAAUAAAAAUCCCGAACGUGGUCUCAUUGAUGAGCAUUAAAAAAAAAAAAAACCCACAAAGAAACCAAACUUUGCCAGCCAUUUACUUGACUAAUGAGCUUAUCUUCUCGGACGCGACAUUACAGUGCUGUGAAUGGAAACAGACUCUACACUCACAUAAAAUGAAUGAUUGCUUUCGCUCCUACAGUGCAAGGAUUUUUUUGUACAAAAAAAAAAAGAAACUUUUUUAAAUAUAAAUGUUAAGAAAAUUUUUUUAAGGAAAAAAAAAAACCAUAACACUUCAUUAUGUUUAGGGGGAAACUGUAUUUUAGGGUUCAUCGUCUUGGUGG